UUGUGGGAGUAUAGUAGAAAAGAACAGGACGUUAAAUAAUGAGAGAAAAAAAUGUGUCGAGACACUUUUCAGUCACUUUAUACUUAAUAUUGUGGAUGAAAUUACUUUCAAACAUAGCAGUUAAGAUAUUGAACACAUUAAAGUCUGCUCGGGACAUUCAAUACAUGUAUCGAUACUGUAAAGUGAUACCUAUGCACACGGACUUACAAAGGGACCCAUAAAUAUUGGGUCACAAAUCAAUACCUCUGUUUGGAUCUAAAGAAGAUAUAUUCAACCAUUUGUUGAAGACAAAAUGUUAAGAGCAGAGUUGGAUUUUUGAGAAGGCUAUUCAAGAGGUGCCUUGUAAAGUUCACCAAUUAAGUCCUAUGAAGAAGUGAUAUGCAGUAAAGUACCUGACACAGAACUUGUACGGAUGGCUACCACAAAGUCGAGUCAAUCUCCGCAAGACAACCUACUGUGUUGUCCAAUAUGUAUGGACAUCUACAAGACACCGCGCAUGUUACCAUGUCAACACACGCUAUGUGAAUCCUGCCUUCACUCGUAUAUCGUAAACAAAUCCCGCGAGAGGGUCCUGGUGUCCGAUUUUCCCUGUCCAGUGUGCCGCGCCAUUACACCCGCACCACGUGCGUUUACCCGUAUAGACACAUGGUCUAGUUUGUUUCCUCUCAACCAUCUUCUAGUUUCUUUGCUAGAUUCAAGCUUUCAUGAAAUGCUCGAAAAGCGCGAAACACCUUCAACAACUGAGAGAUGUGCAGAACACGCUGGUAAAGUUAUUGAAUUCUUCUGUGUUGAACACAAUGUCAAGCUAUGCAGUAAAUGCUUCAAGAAUGGCCACCGACAGUGCGAUAUACUUGACAUCGAAGAGCAUGUUGAAUUCACGUCCAGAUUCACCAUAGUGAAAACAGACGUUGAAAAUCUUUUAGGAUAUCUAAAUGAGGCUAUAUUGCAUCUGAAGUCAAACAUAGAGCAGUUGUCUACGGAAAAGUCAUCAAUCAUGACGGAAGUAAAAGAUUUCCGUGGAAAAGUAGAAGCGUUGCUGAAUUCCUUCGAGACUGAUAUAAAAGAUCAAGUAAAUGUGCAGCAUGACGGAGAAGUUGUCGUUUUAAAAGCUCAGUGUGAAAAAUACGAACGUAUUAAGGCAGAGAUUGAAACUUCCGGAAAAACUUUAAGCGAACUUCCGGUGUCUUCACAGUCUCUUGAGAUGAUAACGACGAUUGAAAAUGAUAUCAAAAGUCAGUCUUCGUUCAUACAUGGAUGCCAUUCAAAUAUCAAAGUAAUCAAAGUAGAAUUCGCCAUUGAAAAUCAGCUUCUUGCCUUUCUAAAUUCAUUUAGUAAACUUGGCAGUGUCAAUGUCAACCAGUUUGAGUCCAAUCUACAUGAACCUCCUGAAUUAAUGUCAAGGGGAAAUACACUAAACGAAUCAUUCAUUCCGUCGCCUAGGGACGUUUCUGCUGAUGAUGUUCUCUCUCGUUCUCCCAUUCGUCACGUCUCACCAAGAGCAAUACUCAUAACACGCCCUCCAUUAAAUGAAGCAGCUGCAAACCAGUCGGGGAUUAAUACGGAGCAAAGACCUCAGCGUACUCAGAAAGAACCAAAGCGACCAAAAACCGUACCAAUUGAAUCUACUGCCCCAACACCAGUUGUUCGCCCGCGUCCCGAACGCCCAGAUAUCCAUGGAAUACGUCAUUUUCUGCCGAGAUCUUGCUCCAGCCCGGUGCGUUGUCAAGAUUAUAAUGGCACUACCGAACGAGGCGAAACGUCGAAAACCGAAAUAAGGGAAAAUGCUGUUGAUUUGAACGAUGACGAUGGAUCCGUAUUUUCUGAUGUUCAAAACGAAGGAAAAUCCACUCCCGGUGCUGGCGAUGUUAAUGAGAGUGAGACUUUAGUUGAUGGAGCGACAAAGACCUUUACAGGAACAUCAACAAAACCACCAACGAGCGAAAAACCUAAAAACCGCGUCUGGCAUUAUGUAAACGUCAUGUCGGGUGUUGGGGAUAUAUCUAGCAAUAGACGAAUCUCGGAAAGCUCAGAAAAUACGGACAGUGUUAGUAACCAAGAAAACAUGAAAUUCCUCUUCCGGCAUAGAUCUUCAUCUGCGUCAAGUGUCAGUCCCGAAAGUAAACCAGUCAUAUCUUCUGCCGUCAGUCAAAUUGCCCGUAUAUUUAGGAAGCCACAAACCGAAGAAAACUCUCCUUCGCCAGUCUACGAAAACUCAUCAAUGUGCUCAGCCAGUUCUUCUCAGAAUAAAUCAAAUUUCAAAACGUUGACUUUUGAACCUUUAACUAGUAGCAACACCACACCGAAACAAUGCACAAAACUAAAGAGCAUUGUUAUAAAGGUUGAAGGUGACUCAAGAGAAUGCACAAUUACAGGCUCCGUCGAGCUUCCAGACAAAAGGCUUAUUCUCGUGGACUGUAAUAAUAGCCGUAUAAAACUAUUCAAUGCCGAUUUCACAUAUGUCUGCCAUUUGGAUAUGGCUAAGGAGCCAUGGAAUGUAGCGAGUAUAUCGUCUAGUGAAAUAGCCGUGACAGUUCCGCUUGAGAAAACCAUCCACAUUAUCCGCGUGUCGGGAUCGUCAAUGUGUACACAACGAUGCAUAGUAACACGGCGUGAAUGUUGGGGAAUUGCUAUUGUCGAUGGAAAUCUUGUCGUGACGACAAAAGAUGACGGAAAUCAGGUAUCAUUCCUAGAUGACACUGGUAGAGAACUUCAAGUAAUCAACUUUGCUUCCAGAGAAAAUCCAAAUAUAUUGAGACCUGUUUCAGUUACUCGUGCCCGGACAGACCACGUGCUGUACAUUUGCUGUGAAGGACAAUCUGGAACAAAAGGAUCUCUUGUUCGAAUGUCAACCCGAGGCGAUGUGUUGUACGUCUUUACGCACAAGGAGCUAGACCGUCCUUAUAGCACCGCUGUCGACCGAGAGGAUAAUGUCUACGUCACCGCCAUUCGUUCAGCAAACGUCCUUUUGUUGUCAGAAGGUGGAGCUUCAGUGAUGACGAUACUUUCACGUGAUCUAGGCUUGACACGCCCACAACACAUUCAUAUAUCAAACCGGGAUGAUGGAUCAUUCCUUGUACUAACGGAGCGACGCUCAGAUAAAGCUGACGUUUAUUGUCUUAAAUAAGAAAAACUUAAACGAUAAAAGGUGCUUUUGAUAAUAUGUCCAGAAAAGUUAUCAUAAUGAGCAUCGGUCACAGCGAAUUUCUUCCGUCUAUAACCGUCAAAUUUGACUUUAAAAAGAUGUAUCUUCGGUAUUGAAGUAUGACGUCUUUAAUUUCGCUCUACCUUGUUUCUAAGGAAAAAGGCAGGAGGCAUAAAUAAUUUUAAUUGCGUUUUCGUAUUAUAUAGGAUUGUAAAUAGUGCCAGCUGGGAUAUGUCUUCCAGUAAAAAAAACACAACACUUCAUGGAAGUUAAAUUUCAACACUUGUAUGUGUUUGUUUGUUCUAUAUCGAUAAAAACAUAUACAGAUGUACAUAUUGGUGUUGGAGAAGUAGACAAUGUACUUUUUUAAAUUAUGGGUUUUGUUGAUGUGUUUGAAAUCUUAGUGUGUUUUGAAAACUGACAGAAGCUAAAUUAUGCAGUUUUUGUCACUAAAAUUAAAUGAUGUUAUGUAUUGUAUUUUAUAUAUUAUUAAACUGGCUUCUGUAUU